CUCAGGUAUGACUCGCCUACUCGCGCCGGCCAGCGGCUGCAGCGUCAGUGUUGUCGACGCACAGCGGAAUAGCAAUGAAGCAGUGCUGUUUGUAGGGCUGCUCACCGGAGAGGAAAAUUACAUUCCUAGCUGUGCUGUGGUUCAACCCUUGGUAAAGGAAGAAACACCAACAGAUCAAAAUGCGGCAACAAGCGAGAGCAGCAAUUUUUGUUAGUGUCGCAGUGACUGUUUUUUCAUCUGCCUUGGCACAAGGAUUCUACACAGUUAUCGCACCAAAGGUUCUCAGGCCAAACAGUGAAUAUCACGUUUCCGUGUCCACUCACGGCGUAGAUCGCACAACUCAAGUGUGGGUGGAAGUUGGAGGUCGACAAGACAGCGGAGGGAAGUUUUCGGCGUCGCAGAGCAUUUCCGUUGAGCCCAGAACUACCAGAAUUCUCAGAAUAGACGUUGGAGAUGUUGGUCCUGGAAAUUACAACGUCACUGUGCGGGGAAGUGGCGGUCUCGACUUCCAAAACAGCACCGAACUGGAUUAUGUGCACAAAAGCUACACCGUGCUAAUCCAGACAGACAAGGCGAUUUACAAACCAGGGGACACGAUCCAGUUCCGGUGCCUGGCACUCAACAAACACCUCAAGCCCACCGUCACCGCCGCCCUGGACGUUUUCCUCACUGAUGGCAAAGGUAACCGCGUAAAGCAGUGGUCUCGCGUUUUGCCAACAAGGGGCGUCUUUUCUGCCGAGCUUCCGCUUUCCAAAAAUCCAGUUUUGGGAGAUUGGAAUAUUACGGUCAGCGUUUUGGACCAAUCGUUCCACAAAAGCAUCCAGGUUGCAGAAUACGUCCUGCCUAAGUUCGAGGUCUCCAUUUCGACGCCUUCUUACACAACCUUCAAAGAUUCGCGCAUUUCUGCCACAAUCACUGCCAAAUACACCUAUGGCACACCUGUCAAAGGUGAAGCCACGGUCACCAUGUACCCGACGAUUUUCUCAGGAAUCAUCCAACCGAUUUUCCAAAACCCGGUACGGAAAGUUGUUGCCAUUGACGGAAAGGCCAAUGUUGAGUUUGACAUUGUGAAAGAAUUGGGUCUAAAGGAUGACUUUGAAAGGCCUGUACAAAUUGAAGUGACGGUGCAGGAAGCACUGACUGGUCGCCGACAAAACUCCUCGACCUCAAUCCCACUGCACAAAAACAAGUACAAAAUGGAGCUGGUCAAAACCUCUGAAUAUUAUAAGCCUGGGCUUAAAUUUACUGCUUUUAUUAAAUUGUCUACCCACGAUGGGGCACCAAUUACCGACUCAAAAAAUCCAGUCAAGGUGCGUUGGGGAUAUGGAUAUGACCACGAUACAUACACCUCAGAAAAUCACUACCUGACCAGUGAUGGCCUAGUGGAGCUUACGUUCUACCCUCCUCUGGUGUCAAACGUCUCUACUCUGGGACUGGAGGCUCAAUAUUUGGACCUCAGUGAGUGGUUCUCCUCCAUAACUGCCGCUGUCUCUCCAAGCAACACCUUCCUGCAAGCUUCUGUCAGAUCUGAAAAUUCAGAGGUUGGCAAUGACGUUGAAGUGUACAUUAAUUGCACAGAGGCAAUUACUUCAUUCAAUUAUGAAGUUUUGGGCCGAGGAGAUGUGCUAACAGCAGGUACGGUGCAAGUGCCUGCCGGUCAGCACGACCAGCGAUUCAGAUUUGUGGCCACACAGGCCAUGACGCCGAGAGCACAUCUCGUCGUUUACUACGUGAGACCUGAAAACGGCGAAAUCAUUGCUGACGCCGUUGAUUUUUCUGUCUCCGGGAUGUUGCAAAAUUUCAUCGACUUGGAAGUAAACCCAAUGGACACUCAGCCCGGAGGAAAUGUCGACGUGACAAUCAGAACAAAACCCAAUUCCUACGUUGGUCUUCUUGGUGUUGAUCAAAGCGUUCUUUUACUGAGAAAGGGAAAUGACCUGACAAUGCACGACGUGGAAAAUGAACUUCUGUCCUACGACUCUGCUCCAAGAGAGCCCUCGAACCCUCUUUGGUCACCUUUCGUGAGAGAUGUUAAGCGCAGGAGGAAAAGGUCUCUUUACUGGUGGCCUGGAUCUGCGGACGCCGGCGAAGUUUUCGAAAAAUCGGGAGCUGUGAUUUUGACCAAUGGUUACGUCCACGAGCAUUUGCCCUUAGGAAUUCCGCCUGGAGGCGUCGUGACGAGGCUGCCCAGUGGCAAAAAUUACCCAGGAACCUUUCCAACGAGACCGCCCUUGGCAGGGCCUUACGCCUUUUCUCGCAUUCCUAAGCCAGUGUUCACCAAUCCGCGAAUUCACCUUCCUCACGAGCCGCAACCCGUCUGGCUCUUUGAGGACAUGUUCACAGGCCCUGACGGUCGCACGUCUUUGAAGAGAAAGGCGCCCGACACAAUCACUUCGUGGGUGCUCUCCGCCUUUUCAGUGGAUUCGCUUUACGGACUGGGACUUACCCACUCGCCGAGCAAGAUACGAAUUUUCCGCCCGUUCUUUGUUUCUCUUGAUCUUCCCUACAAUGUGAAGCGCGGAGAAGUUUUUGCCAUUCCUGUGGUCGUCUUCAAUUACAUGGAACGCGACGUGUCUGUGGAGGUCAGCCUGGAGAACUCUGAUGGCCAGUUUGAGGUGCCUGACAUGUCCAAUGACAUCGACGCACCAAAAACUUUUGACGCAUCUCAACUUACAAGGAAAAUCGUGGUCAAGGCAAACAGUGCCGCAAACACCGCUUUCAUGGUGACCACAAAAAAACUGGGUCUUGUCGACGUCACGGUUAAGGCCGAAAGUGCGCUGGCCGGUGACGCUGUGAAGAGACAACUUUUGGUUAAGGCGGAGGGUGAGACCCAGUAUGUCAACGACGCCGUUUUUGUUGACCUCAGAGACAAAGACAACUUUGAGACAAAUCUGACUCUGAGGUUCCCCAAAAAUUUCGUCGAAGGUUCCGAGCGAGUCGAAGUCUCCACUGUUGGAGAUUUACUGGGACCGAGUAUCCCUAAUCUUGCAAAUUUGAUAAGAAUUCCAUUUGGCUGUGGAGAGCAAAAUAUGUUGAAUUUCGUUCCAAAUAUUGUUGUGCUUGACUACUUGAAGAAUACAAAUCAACUCACAACAGCCGUCGAAAACAAGGCGCGGAAAUUCCUUGAAAUGGGCUACCAACAAGAGUUAACUUACAGACAUGAUGACGGUUCGUUCAGUGCUUUUGGAAACGUCGACCCCAGCGGUAGCACAUGGUUGACCGCUUUUGUUGCAAAAUCGUUCCGCGCCGCCUCUCCGUACAUUACGAUUGACCCUGGCAUGGUCCAACAAGCGCUCCAGUGGCUUCAGGGCGUCCAAGCCACCAACGGCAGUUUCCCUGAAGUGGGCAAAGUGCACCACCAUGAUAUGCAGGGUGGCUCGGCCAGUGGCCUCGCCCUCACUGCUUACACCCUGAUCACCUUCCUUCAGGACAAAGAGUCUGCUGGACUGUACAGAAAUGUAAUCAACAAGGCCACCGACUACAUUGGACGCAACUUGGAUGGCAGACUGGACGACCCGUACGCAAUUGCACUUUCAGCCUACGCCCUUCAGCUGGCAGGUCAUCCCUUGAAAGAAACUGCGUUCAAUCUUUUGGAAAGCAAGGCGCAAAAUAAGGACGAGACAAAGUGGUGGAGCAAGCCCGUCCCUGAAAACGACAAGAAAAAUCCCUGGAGGCAGUACAGGACGGACCCUAUUGCGGUGGAAAUGACCUCGUACGCCCUGAUGACCUAUCUGGAAAGAGGCCUUGUCAAGGACAGUCUGCCCAUCUUGAAAUGGCUGAUUUCGCAGAGAAAUAGCCAAGGCGGUUUUGAAUCGACUCAGGAUACCGUUGUUGCUUUGGCUGCGCUUGCUCAAUUGGCGGAACAGAUUUCCGUGAGCUCGUCAGGUCAGCGAGUGGAAGUGACUUUCGAAUACGAAGGCAAAAAUAGCCCCAAGUCGCUUGUUGUGAACUCUAACAGCGCCAUGAUUCUUCAAAAGGAAGAGCUACCACAAACUGUUCGGGACCUGAAAAUCAGAGCACAAGGCAAGGGUUUUGCUAUUGUGCAAGUGUCAUACAGUUACAAUGUUGAAGUGACCGCGCCUUGGCCACUUUUCCAUUUGGACCCACAACUUACCAGGGACUCGACUCCGGAGCAUCUGCAGUUGUCUGUUUGCUCAGGAUUUACUGGGCUUGGAAAUAUUAGCAGUAACAUGGCUGUUAUGGAAGUUUCGUUGCCUUCAGGAUACACCGCUGACCCCGAUUCGUUGCCCAGUCUUCGGUCGGCGCCGUUUGUUCAGCGAGUGGAAACGCAAGAUGGAGAUACAAAAGUUGUCUUGUACUUUGACAAGAUGGGAAGAGAGGAAUUGUGCCCUACUGUGAAAGCCUUCCGGACGCACAGAGUGGCCAGACAAAGAGCAGUGCCAGUUACCAUUUACGACUAUUACGACUCUUCGCGAAGAGCUCGUCAGUUUUACAUGCCGCGAGUGCAAACAAUGUGUGACAUAUGCGAGGGUGACGUGGGCUGUGAGGCCUGUGGACGCGGCUCAGCAGGCAGUCGUCGCAACGGGGCCGAUUUUUCAGCGGCCUCCGCUGCAGAGGUUUCCGUGGCCACUCUGACUAUGGUUGCCACCGCCUUGUGGUUGGCGAGUUUUUAGAACAAAUGAGGAGAGUGCCAAAGAUUGUGAUUGAGAGACCGACAUGAAAUUUGUUUGUGUGCAUCGAAUGAGAUUUAAAUGUGAAAAUUAUGUUCAAUAGAAUUUUUGGGCUGCGUCAUUUAAGUAUUUUUUGUGGCAUCUCUCUUUUAAUUAAAACUAAUUGAAAUAUUAAUUUCUUACUCCUCCUGCUAUACGGGAAUUGUGUAAAAAUAAUUUUUAAUAUCUUUAAAACUCAGCGAAAAAAUGUUCCAUAAAAACUUUUGUAUAAAAUAAACUCAUAAAAAAUUUCAAAUAAAUAUUAUAAAAUGUU